CAGGGCCUGGCCAAAAUGGACGGAAGCCCGCCAGAGCCCUGUUCCUCCGGUACCGUCUCUCUUUCCCACUCCACGAAGGCACACUAACAACCCCCACAACAUGGGGCCUCCUACAACCAACCCCGUAUCUCGCCACACGGGCGGCGGUUAUGAGCUGAGUCUGCUGACGACCCCUUCGCCGGCCGACUGCCAAUUCGAGCCCCAUGUCUGUCUGGCGACAUUUGGGUCUUCACCAUGUCUCUAA